AUGCCCAAUGACGGUUCCAUUGAUGGUAGUCUUUUCGGAUCCAUGUGGUACACAGCAACUAUCAAUCCGGCAGGCGGAAUUCGUUCGUCAUCACAAAGCGCCUUUUUAAGCCAGGAGAUACAGGGUUCCUCAUUACAGGGAAAGCUCCCCUAUCGAUCCACCUUCCGAGCCUCAACCAACGCUUCCCUUGCCUUUUUUCCCUCGGACUGGCCCGAAUUAGGCUACCUCCCGGUAGAAACCUACACAGGCUACCCCUCCAAGCCAUCGACCUCCAUGCUCAACGACAGCUUCAACUACGGAACCAUAUUCACCGCCCUCGUCGCCCCUUUAUCCCGCGGCAACGUCACCAUCAAAUCCAGCGACACAUCCGACCUGCCCAUCAUCAAUCCCAACUGGCUCUCGCACCCCGCAGACGCGGAAGUCGCAGUCGCAGGCUUCAAGCGCGCUCGUUAA